AUGGAUGAUGUUAUAAUCACUGGCCUGAGUGUGAAACCCCGCUCCUAUGCCAAAGCUGCAGCAGGGGGGAGAAAUGUCAGUGCGGACGCUGACACGGAGGAUCUACAGACACUGGAGAGACAGGUAGUGUCUUUUCUCAGGGAAAAGGACAUUCAUGUCAACGCUGAGAACAUCGCAGCCUGCCACACGCUCCCCAGGAGAGAUGCUGGAAAACCUGCCAUAAUCAUGCGUUUUGCAAACCGCAAACACAAAGUGGACUUACUGCGCCAGGGAAAGAAGCUUAAAGGGUCUGCUGUUUAUAUUAAUGAGCAUCUUACUAAGAAGACUGCAGAGAUGGCCCGUGAAGCCCGCUUUCUGAGGAAAAAUGACAAAAUCAGAGCAACCUGGACAAGGAACUGUAAGGUUUUCAUACAACUAAAAGGAAAUACACCGGAACAAGCAAGAGUAAUGAUGAGUAUUGAGCUCUGGGUCUUCCACUGGGAGCGUCCGUCUGAUGCAGCCUCAGUGUUCUCCCCGUCUCCCGCCGCACACCUGAGGUCACUGUGGUCGACUCUUUUCAUGCCCUCCCAUUAG